AUGUACACUGAUCAUCAGGGCGCCCUGAUGAUCAGUGUGGCCCUAGAAGUGCCACCUGUCAGUGUCCAUCAGUGCCAGCUGUCAGUGCUGAACAGUGCCACAUAUCAGUGCCUACCAGUGCACAUCAAUGCCACAUAUCAGUGCCCAUCUGAGCUGCCUUUCAGUGUCACUCAUCAGUGCCAUGUGCAUCAGUGCCGCCUGUCAGUGCCGCCUAACAGUGCCAGUCAGUGCCAAAUAUCAGUGCUGCCUUUCAGUGUCCAUCAGUGAUGCCUGUCAAUGCCCAUCAGUGCCACCUACCAGUGCCUCCUCAGUGCCCAUCAGUGCCACCUAUCUGUGUCCAUCAGUGCAGCCUAUCAGUGCCCAUCACUGCAGCCUCAUUAGCGCACAUCAGUGAAGGAGAAAAAUUUACAAAAUUUUACAA